AUGAGUCACCAAAGAUAUCUCUCCCACGAUCCCAUCAAAGAGCCCCAUUCCGUAUCCGUCAAGGUCCUUCGCUUAUCAUGUCCAUCUCUCGUGUCGCAAUACCCCGUUGAGCCGCCGUUCCCGGACCAAACCUCGCCGCUCCCCGCGCCGCCGUCUCCCCUCCCCGCAUCCCUCGCCCACAGCACCACCACCUCCUCCGAAGCCCCGGCUGCCACCACCAACCCAUCCCCGUUCGUGCUCAGCCCCGUCCUCAACCUUCCCGUGUCGUUUGGCUCCGCCUACGUCGGCGAGACCUUCCGCUGCACCCUCUGCGCCAACAACGACCUCCUCUCCUCCUCCGAUGACGCCGCGACGGCGCAGCCGACCGACAAGAAGAUCCGCGACGUGCGCGUCGAGGCCGAGAUGAAGACGCCCGGACCGGGCAAGGCGCAACGUCUCGAACUAGGCCCGGCACCAACAGAAGGCGGCGGCGGCGGCGGCGAGCAGGCUGGCGGCGUGGACCUGCCGCCCGGUGGCACGCUGCAGCGCGUCGUCUCGUUCGACCUCAAGGAGGAAGGGAACCACGUGCUCGCCGUGACGGUGAGCUACUACGAGGCGACCGAGACGAGCGGCCGCGCGCGCACCUUUCGCAAGCUGUACCAGUUCAUCUGCAAGCCCUCCCUCAUCGUCCGCACCAAGGUCGGCGCCUUGCCCACGCCGACGCCGGCACCGUCACGGCACAGGCGCUGGGUUCUCGAGGCGCAGCUCGAAAACUGCAGCGACGACGCGAUGCAGCUCGAGCGCGUCGUCGUCGAGCCCGAGCCGGGCCUGGCGUACCGCGACUGCAACUGGACGGCGCGCGAGGACAGGCCGGUGCUGAGGCCCGGCGAGGUCGAGCAGCUGUGCUUCGUGGUGGAGGACGCGGACGGCGACGGUGGUGGCGAUGAUGGUGGUGGAGUGGUCGGGUCGGAUGCGCGCAUGGUCUUGGGCGUGUUGGGUAUUGGUUGGCGCGGCGCGAUGGGAAGCCGCGGGUACUUGUCGACGGGCAAGCUGGGCACGCGCAUCGCGGCGGCGCGGUGA